AUGGAGGACGAAAUCAUAUUCUCCGAACCAGUGGAUGAUGCGACCAUUGACCUGACAUCCGAGCAACAAGUGGUCGAUCUAUCUGACGAUGACGACGUAGUUGACUUAACGACAUCCGGAAAUGCAAAUAUUGGAACAGAUACUGGGCAUCUCUCAAGCUACCGAAACGCCAAACUCAAUCUCCCCCGCAUCUACCUUGAAAAUUGCUGCAUCGACGGGCUUAAAAUCUCGCUGAACAAUACUAUUGAGUUGGAAGACGGAGACUUCUUGCGAGUCAAAGAGAUUUUUGAGGAUGUGUCCAACUCUGAAAUCAGUUUCCGUGGCUGGAGGCUUCGACGGUCAAAGCUCAUGAGUGGAAUGCUCCCAAAAAAGCUCAACGAGCUGUGUUGGUUGCUGGAAGUUGACGAAGACGAUAGUCGACCACACGGCAUACAGGGAAUGGAAGAGAUCCAGCCCUCGCAAAUAAAAAAGCGAAGAGGCUUGAAAAUGACCAACCAGAACUUCCCGUCGAUGAGCUUCCGAGACGACUAUCGCGACGUGUCUUGUUUUCCACCUGAACAGAAAAUUCUAGACGAUCUCGUCCUUGCCUGCCGAUGGAAAUUCGUCAGAUAUUUCAGAACGGCAAUGGACAGAAUUAAGGGCAUCUGCCAUCAAGAGGGAAUUUAUAGAUUAUGUGUCGAUGAAUGCGACCCCGGAUGCGAAGCCCCAGAAGAACGACUACGAGAUGACUGGCGCGGAGAGAGUCCCAAAGGCGGCUCGGGGCGUGGUCCAAGUGCUCAAGAAGAAAGAUUCAACGCAAGGGAACAGGAAAUUGUUCGCGAAUCAUUUGCACAAUUCCACCGACGCCAAUUUUUCGAUCUCACUUCACCCGAACCAGAGGCCAUGGUAAUUGACGUUGAUGCAGCAGAGACAGAGCCACCAAGACCACCUCAACCACGCCUCGUUAUCGAUCUCGAAAACGAAGUGAAACAAAAUAGAUAUACAUUCGGCGACGCAUUCUGUGGCGCUGGUGGAACGUCACGAGGUGCCAAGAUGGCGGGGCUUGCUGUGGACUGGGGCUUCGAUUUUGACUAUAGUGCAUGCGACACCUAUCGACGCAACUUUUACGGGACAAGGAUCUACAACAUCUGGGCUCACCAAUUUAUUAGUCUGACUGAAGAUCACAAAGUUGACGUCCUUCACCUCUCUCCGCCUUGCCAAUUCUUUUCACCUGCGCAUACUGUGCAGGGCCAAAAUGACGAGAUGAACAUCGCCACGCAAUUCGCACUUGAAGCCAUAAUCGCAAAAGCCCGGCCGCGUGUAGUCACGAUUGAGCAAACAGCAGGGCUUCCAAGUCGGCACGAUAAAUUUUUUGCAGCUCUCAUCCUUCAGAUCGUUGCUCACGGCUACAGCAUCCAUUGGCGAAUCAUAAACUGCGCUGCCUACGGACUUCCUCAAGCUCGCAAACGAGUUUUUCUAAUUGCUGCAUGUCCUGGAGAGAAAAUACCACCAUUUCCGUUACCCACUCACGGCGACCCAAUCGAUGAUCCUCAUCUCCGGCCAUACGUGACCAUCAACGAAGCCAUUGGCAAGAUUCCCAGGAAUUUCCCUAACCACGACAUUGCAAACACCACGCCUCGAAACAAGCAACCGUAUUCCGGCGACGAGCCGCAUCGAAGCUGCAUCACUACAAGCGGCGGCGCCAACACUGUGCACCCCUGCGGCAGACGAGACUUUACUCAUCGCGAAUUCGCUUGUCUCCAGGGGUUUCCGCUCGAACACCAGUUCGGAAACGUAAAAGUGAAGCAUCAAAUUGGCAACGCGGUGCCACCUGUCGUCGCCCGAGCCUUUUAUGAAGUGAUCAAGAAGACUUUACUUGCAUCUGACGGCUUGUUAUAG